AUGCUCUCUCGAUCAGCUAGACAGGCGGGAGGCCUGAUAAACCGUCAAUUGUUUUCAGCAUGUCGGCCACACACAGUUUGCACCUCGUUAACCCAACGUGGGCAUCAUCUUGUUCGAUACCAGAAUACCGCCGGCAAUUCCAGCGACGAAACACACCCUGAUCACCCGAGCCGCCAUCGCGAAUCCGAUCGAAAGCGAAAUAGGAGGAAGCUGGGAAAUAAAAGUCGGAGAGUCGAGCUUGAAUAUUCUUCCCUUGGAAAACCGGGCGAAGUCCUUGUCGUGCGGGAGAAACCACGCCGACAGCCUCCGCUCAAAGCAUCGUCAGAGGAAGAAGCAGGCGAACUCCCGAUCAUGCUGAGCGAGCUCCAGCCAGAUACAUCUUAUUCCGAUAGCGCAGUUAUAGCUGAACGGAUUGAGAGCUUCCUCGCACCACAUCGACCCCGAGAACAGUUGGCACCACCCGAUUGGGAGGAUCUCCGAAGCAGGCUUCGCCCAUCCUUUACGGCUCCCCAACUUUCCAGGUAUAUUUCUACAACGUUGAAAGCACGAAAGGACGGUCCUGAAGGGGGUCCAGCGCAUCUUGAACUCUGGAAUGCAGAGUGGAAACCUGGCACUUCACUUUACCUAGAGACAGAACCGGCAUCCCAAGAAGCAAUUGCCGAUAGAAUUGCCGCGUCCCAGGAUCUCAAAGGCAAGGAUCUUUUGAUUGAGCGAGUUCUCCGUGAUUGCUGGCAACUUGGACAGGUGGGCGAAAUUGGACAACUCGAUAUCCGCCUUCCGACUUAUUCCUUGACCCUACUUACAGGUUCAAACUAUUUUUCGUUUGAAGAGCUGGCUAACCUACAUGACACGGCAAUCGAUGUGACGCAUUCUUUGGGACUCGUAAGGGUCACUGGAAAACAACGCCCGUGUGAAUCGAUCCGUGAGAUCAUAAAUGAUUAUACCAAAAGGAUACAAUCAGUUGAACUUGGUCUCCCGUCUCGAGACAAGGAGAAUACUAAAAUAUUUGCUGAGGAACUUGGCCCCAAAUUUAUUUCCUGGGUUGAGAAUACAUAUAAUGUUUCCUUUGAAUUGGAUUCAUUACAGUUCCCCAGUCGGAUGCAUGUCCUUCCCGAAAGCGAAAGGAAUGUGGAGGAUGCUCGAAGAACCUUGCACCUAGCAUUCAACAAAGCCGUGUUACCCUCGACGCCAUUCAGCACUUACUUUCCUGCUUCGAAACUCUCGGGAAUGUAUGAUGUCGAUCUUGGAGAGGCUGCCCCAUGGCAGGUUCGGGAGAGGCCAUGGUUUCGAUGGCAGACGCCAGAGAGCGAAAGGUUGCCGAUUCUACCUGGCUAUCUUCUACAUGAGGGGCAAUCCGAUCUUUGUAAAGAACUUCUCACAUUCCUUCGACCACAACCCUCUUGGAAUGCGAAAUUUGGAUCCGCUAUCGAAGUCCGCGAAUCAAUAACGGCAACGCUUGGUCAAUGUCUCUUCCUCCGCAAGCCAACCAUCGAAAAAUGCCAGGCCAGCGCCUCUCAGUUAGGUCAAAUGUCUCUUCAACGGACCUUCGUUAGUGAUGUGCCUCGAGUUUCACGGCUUCUUGGUAAAUUGGCGCCAAAGCGUGUUGCGUCAACCUCUUAUCGCAUUCGGCUAGUCCCUUCGGCACUCCAUGCAAACAUCUUUCCAUCGCUCGAGCUAGAGCUCACCCACCCACCCAAAAAUAUACGCAAGCACCAAAAUGAAUUAAUCAUCAGUAGUGCUCAAGUUAAUCUGAUGGAAGACAGCGUCGACCACUUACUACCAGAGAGCAUCGCGGACAUUCGGUUCACCAGAAAGUUGACGCAUGACCUUUUAACUGGACCCCGUGGAGUUUCUUUCCUGGACUCUGUCCUUGAAGACGUACAACUUGAACUCAAAGAAAGCAGAACCAGUAAUAAGGAUAUCCCUCUGCCGGCAUUCACAACGAUAGAUCUACCAAACUACCUUUUACGUCAAGACAGUGAUAAGGUAGACAUAAGUGGAUGCACUAUGGCCGAAUAUGUUUAUCAGCCGGUGAACGAUGUUCAAGGGACGCUUGUUAGCCAGUAUAAUGUCCGCGAUUGGCAGCUCUUUCAUGCUUCUUACGAUGGCGGGCCGUACGAAGCCUAUUCGACAACGGAUCUCUACCUGCAAACCACUUCGGAGCCUCGCUACAUUGAUGAAAUCCACCCCGGCAAGUCUAUUUCAUCGCGUCGGCAGAUCGGUAAACAUUUCGUUUUAUUUUACAACGUCGCUUGCGACCUGGUGUCCGGACUGGAGUUGGAUGCGGAGGAGCGUGCGGUAGCUGGAAUGAGGGUAUAA